AUGGCUUCCAUGGCUACCCUUUUCUCCAAAACCUCUUUCCCUUCUCACUCUUUAACCAAUUCCUUCGACACCCAUUUCGCUCCUUCCACCAGAAUUAAUUUAGCUGUCAAAAACAAGCCGAAAACCAAUCGGAAACUCCGUGUUUCUAAUGGGUUAAUUGAACCGGACGGUGGAAAGUUGGUGGAGCUUGUGGUGGAGGGUGGGAAGAGGGAUUUGAAAAAGGGUGAAGCUUUAUCGCUUCCAAGGGUGAAGCUUUCGAGGAUUGAUGUUGAAUGGGUACAUGUUUUGAGUGAAGGAUGGGCCACACCGUUGGGUGGGUUCAUGAGAGAAAGAGAGUUCCUCCAAACGCUUCAUUUCAAUUCACUUAGACUUGAGGAUGGGUCUGUGGUGAAUAUGUCUGUUCCGAUUGUUUUGGCUAUUGAUGAUGCGCAGAAACAUCGGAUCGGUGAUUCUAAAAAAGUUGCUCUUUUUGAUUCAAAGGGUAACCCUAUUGCUAUUCUGAAUGAUAUCGAAAUUUACAAGCAUCCUAAAGAAGAAAGGAUAGCCCGAACAUGGGGGACAACUGCCCCUGGACUACCUUAUGUUGAAGAAACUAUAACUAAUGCUGGAGAUUGGCUGAUUGGUGGUGACCUAGAGGUUAUUGAACCUAUUAAGUAUCAUGAUGGACUUGAUCAUUUUCGGCUGUCACCUUCAGAGCUCCGUGAUGAGUUCACAAGGCGUAAUGCGGAUGCUGUGUUUGCCUUCCAGCUCCGGAAUCCUGUUCACAAUGGCCAUGCUUUGCUAAUGACUGAUACGCGCAAGCGGCUUCUUGAUAUGGGUUACAAGAAUCCUGUCCUCUUGCUUCAUCCACUUGGAGGCUAUACCAAAGCUGAUGAUGUUCCACUUGAUUGGCGAAUGAAACAACAUGAGAAGGUACUUGAGGAUGGUGUUCUUGAUCCAGAGACAACAGUGGUAUCCAUAUUCCCAUCUCCCAUGCACUAUGCUGGACCAACUGAGGUGCAGUGGCAUGCAAAGGCUAGAAUCAAUGCAGGGGCAAACUUCUACAUUGUUGGCCGAGACCCCGCAGGCAUGGGCCAUCCCGUUGAAAAAAGAGAUCUAUAUGAUGCUGACCAUGGAAAGAAAGUAUUGAGCAUGGCACCUGGACUCGAGCGCCUAAACAUUCUUCCUUUUAGGGUUGCUGCGUAUGACAAGACUCAAGGUAAAAUGGCGUUCUUUGAUCCAUCAAGGCCUCAGGAUUUCAUCUUCAUAUCAGGCACAAAGAUGCGCACACUUGCUAGGAACAAAGAAAGUCCUCCAGAUGGAUUUAUGUGCCCUGGUGGCUGGAAAGUGCUAGUCGAUUAUUAUGAUAGUUUAGUACUUUCAAGCAACGGAAAAGUUCCGGAAGCUGUUCCGGUCUAG